AUGGCUCCCUCUUGCACCUCUAGGUCAAAGUACAAUCACUCAGAACAAACACUAACAGGGCAGCAUCAAUGCCCACAUUGCAGCAAAAAAUUCAAGACACAGGGCUUCAAAAAGCAUGAAGCCAGCUGCAAGAAGCGCAACAACAUCAAGAAGGAACGAGAGGCCUUUGCCCUUGAGCACAAACAAGAUCAAAGGCGAGCUCGCUGGCAGGCAUGUAUGGGUAUCAGGUUUCCAAGCACCGGCCCAUCACAAUCACUCAAUAAUGUCCCCUCCACAAGUGAAGACGAGGAACCAAUCAUUCCUCCAGAUCCUUCAUUUGAUUUCGAUGCCUUGGGUAACAUUGACUUUGAGGGUGCCAUUGACAAUGACCCAGUUAAUAGCCCAUCAGGUUCUGCUGAACCUCCGCCCACAAUGUCUGCUCAAUGGCUCCUAGAAUUCAGAACAGAAUUCCACCCUUCUUCUGGUCGUGAGCCCCUCCAUCAAGCAUUCAAUGAAUUCAGCAUUAAUGCCCACCACGAAGAACAACUUCCUGUUGAUGAAACACCCUGGCAUCCCUUUUGUUCAUGCGCUGACUUCGAGUUUGCUGAAAUUGCACUGGAUGCUGCACUCAACAAAUCUCAUAUCAAUGGGCUCCUUGCUCUCAUUGGUCACAUCUCGAGAGGGGAGACCCAGAUGACACUCAAGACUGAUACAGAUCUCUGCAAGGCUUGGGAGCAUGUGACUGAUCAGGUGGCACUGUUUACAAAACACAACAUCACUGUCCCAUAUAAACAAGAAGAACGAGUUUAUGAGACCCAUGCGUUACCUCUCUGGGAGUGGGCGCUCGAUUUACUAGGCAACCUGGUGCUUGCUCCGCAUUUUGUUUGGGAUGCACAACACCUAUACAAACAUAAUGAAACAGAGUUCGAGCAUUUCUACAAUGAGCCCUGGAUGGGUGAUCGAUGGUGGGAUGUCCAAUCUCGCCUUCCACCUGGCCUUAAAGCGGCCCCAUUUUGUUUCAUCUUGUAUGCAGACAAGACAAGACUGUCAUCACAUGGCAUAUGGCAUGGUGAGGGCAUUGGCAGCGGUCGCAUCAUUGGGUGGUUGCCUAUUGUCUCUGAAGAAGCAGAUGAAGAAGGCAAAAUGGGGUUUGUGAACUUCAAGCAUGUCGUAUGGCAUGAAUCAUUCUUGAAGCUCUUGGAACUCGUUGUGCAGUACUCGAAGACUGGUUAUGCGCAUCAAUGCUUCGACAUGAUUAUGUGCUGGCUGUUUCCUAUUCUGCUGAUACUUUCGGCUGAUUAUGAAGAGCAAUCAAUGCAAGACGCAAUAGAUGCACUCGAUACUUACAAGAUCAGCAAAGGUCAGGGCGAAGCACUUCUCAAGGUGUUAGGCUUACAUGCUGUUUCAAAUGUAUUCUGGCACAUUGCCCACUCUGACCCUCAUGAAGCCAUCAGCUUUGACCACCUACAUUCCCUUCAUAUUGGCAUGUGGAAACACCUACUUGAGGAGUUGAAGAAGAUCUUCAAGUCACUUGGACGUUCUGUGGAGGCAAAGCUCGAGGAUCAAGCUAGCCCAGAAGGAUAUCAACUCCUCCAUGUUAUCAGUAGUUAUCUGCAAUUGGAUAGCUACAUUGGUCUCGAUGUGCAAACAACAAGCACGCUAGCGGCACUCGAUGCUGAACUACUUGUUUUCAAUACCACGCUUAAGGACUAUGUCGAAUGUGUGUCGAUGUCCCCUAUUGAAGAUCUCAAACUUGAUUGGGACAUUCCAAAGACUCACCUUUGGAAGCAUCUUCACAGUCCUCUGAAAGAGGCCUAUGAGCACCAAUCAAAUGGAAAGGAAGUCACUGACCAGAUACUGUGCAUUGAUCAACACAAAUAUGCAGUCAAAUUGUUGAGAAUGUGUGUGGACAUGCUUGAUGAACAAUGUAGCUUGCCAGACGAUGAAGCCAAAGCUGACGAAACCAAAGCAAGAGCAGCUACCUUUGAGGGACACAUCAAACUGGGUUUGCCACAACAGCCUGUAUCAAUCCAGGACAUUGAGAAUAGCCACGGCCAAAGGGAUCAUGCAUUUCAAGGCUUUCGUCGCACAUAUUACAGUGACCUAUCUCUGUAUAAUACGAGGGAACAGACGUGCAUAAUAUCCCAUAUGAUACAGGCCAGCGAACCAUGGGCCCAGGAUAAUAAUAUCCUCGACUAUGACGGAUGGGCCGGGAGGCAAAUUAUUCCCAAUGGAGGCGGGUGGGCCCAUGCAGGGAAUAUAUAG